ACUCGCCCCCCCCAUCUUGUUUUUACCUGGGAUUACACACAAACCUGUGUGGUGCCUGGAGCCAAGCCUAGGACUGUAAUGGUCAAAGGAUUCAGUCUUCUGGCACUGAAACAGGACUGUCUGUGGGUACCAUGGCUCUGAAGCACAGGGGUGGCCACUCUGCUUGGCUACGGCCAGAGGUCUGGCUCUUGGUGUGGAAUGCCCUGUGCCAGCUGUGUGCCCGUGGCUGCCCUGCUCUCUGCACCUGCACAGGGACGACUGUGGAUUGCCAUGGCAUGGGGCUCAGAGCCGUUCCCAAAAACAUUCCGCGUAACACUGAGAGACUGGAACUCAACGGGAACAACAUCUCUCGGAUCCACAAGAAUGACUUUGCGGGCCUGAAGCAGCUUCGUGUGUUACAACUGAUGGAAAAUCAGAUUGGAGCAGUGGAGCGAGGAGCUUUUGAUGACAUGAGGGAGCUGGAGAGACUACGACUGAACCGGAACCAUCUGCACUUGUUACCAGAACUACUGUUCCAGAAUAACCAGGCGCUUUCAAGACUGGAUCUGAGUGAGAAUGCCAUCCAGGCCAUCCCCAGGAAAGCAUUCCGUGGAGCCACUGACCUAAAAAACCUGCAGCUGGAUAAGAACCAGAUAAGCUGCAUUGAGGAUGGAGCCUUCCGAGCUCUACGUGGCCUAGAGGUGCUGACCCUGAAUAACAACAACAUCACCACCAUUCCUGUCUCCAGCUUCAACCACAUGCCCAAGCUCCGGACUUUCCGUUUGCACUCCAAUCACCUUUUCUGUGAUUGCCACCUGGCUUGGCUCUCUCAAUGGCUGAGGCAGCGUCCUACCAUUGGGCUCUUCACACAGUGCUCAGGACCUGCCUCCCUGCGAAGCCUCAAUGUGGCCGAGGUCCAGAAGAGCGAGUUCAGCUGCUCAGGCCAAGGGGAGGCCACCCGGGCCCCUGUCUGUACCCUGUCCUCAGGCUCCUGCCCACCCAUGUGUGCCUGCAGCAACGGGAUUGUGGAUUGUCGCGGCAAAGGACUCACCGCUAUCCCAGCCAACCUGCCUGAGACCAUGACAGAGAUCCGUCUGGAGCUCAAUGGCAUCAAAUCGAUACCCCCUGGAGCCUUCUCUCCCUAUAGAAAGCUGAGGAGGAUAGACCUGAGCAACAACCAGAUCUCUGAGAUCGCCCCUGAUGCAUUCCAGGGUCUUCGUUCCUUGAACUCUCUUGUUCUUUAUGGAAACAAGAUCACAGACCUGCCCAGGGGAGUUUUUGGAGGUCUCUACACCCUGCAAUUGCUCCUUCUCAAUGCCAACAAGAUCACCUGCAUCCGAGCUGAUGCCUUCCAAGAUCUCCAGAACCUAUCCCUGCUCUCACUAUAUGACAACAAGAUCCAGAGCCUGGCCAAGGGGACCUUCACCUCUCUCCGAGCCAUCCAGACCCUACACCUGGCUCAAAAUCCGUUCAUCUGUGACUGUAACCUGAAGUGGCUGGCGGACUUCUUACGCACUAACCCAAUCGAGACUAGUGGGGCCCGCUGUGCCAGCCCCCGCCGUCUGGCCAACAAGCGCAUUGGCCAGAUAAAAAGCAAGAAAUUCCGGUGCUCGGCAAAAGAACAGUACUUCCUUCCAGGCACAGAGGAUUACCAGUUGAACAGUGAGUGCAACAGUGAUGCCGUGUGUCCUCACAAAUGCCGCUGUGAAUCCAACGUGGUAGAAUGUUCCAACCUGAAACUUACCAAGAUCCCAGAGAGGAUACCACAGUCCACCGCAGAGCUACGGCUGAACAACAAUGAGAUUUCAAUCUUAGAAGCCACUGGGAUUUUUAAAAAACUUCCACAUCUGAAGAAAAUUAACCUCAGCAACAACAAGGUGGCAGAGAUAGAAGAUGGUGCCUUUGAGGGGGCAGCGUCAGUGAGCGAGUUGCACCUGACUGUCAACCAGUUGGAAUCCAUCCGGAGUGGCAUGUUCCGGGGUCUGGAUGGCCUGAGAACCCUGAUGCUGAGGAACAAUCGCAUCAGCUGCAUCCACAACGACAGCUUCACAGGCCUCCGCAAUGUCCGGCUCCUCUCACUCUAUGAUAACCAGAUCACCACCAUCUCUCCGGGAGCCUUUGACACCCUCCAGUCUCUCUCCACUCUAAAUCUCCUGUCUAAUCCAUUUAACUGUAACUGCCAGCUGGCCUGGCUCGGGGACUGGCUUCGCAAGAGGAAGAUCGUGACAGGGAACCCCCGGUGCCAGAACCCAGACUUCUUACGGCAGAUCCCCCUCCAGGACGUGGCCUUCCCCGACUUCAGGUGUGAGGAAGGUCAGGAGGAAGGAGGCUGCCUCCCACGACCACAGUGCCCACAGGAAUGCACCUGCCUUGACACUGUUGUCCGCUGCAGCAACAAGCACCUUCGGGCUCUUCCCAAGGGCAUCCCCAAGAAUGUCACUGAACUCUACCUGGAUGGUAAUCAGUUUACCCUGGUCCCUGCUCAGCUCUCCACCUUCAAAUAUCUGCAGCUUGUGGACUUGAGCAACAAUAAGAUUGGCUCCUUGAGUAAUUCCUCCUUUACCAACAUGAGCCAGCUCACCACCCUGAUUCUCAGCUAUAAUUCCCUCCAGUGCAUCCCACCACUGGCCUUUGAGGGACUCCGUUCUCUCCGGCUGCUGUCUCUCCAUGGCAACGACAUCUCCACUCUCCGUGAGGGCAUCUUCACUGACGUGACCUCCCUAUCUCAUCUGGCCAUUGGAGCCAAUCCACUUUAUUGUAACUGCCACCUUCGCUGGCUCUCCAGUUGGGUCAAAACAGGUUACAAGGAACCUGGCAUUGCCCGAUGUGCUGGACCCCCUGAUAUGGAAGGAAAGCUGCUCCUCACGACUCCUGCCAAGAAGUUUGAAUGCCAAGGUCCUCCCUCCCUGGCCGUGCAAGCCAAAUGUAACCCCUGUCUGUCCAACCCAUGUCUGAACCAGGGAACCUGCCAGAAUGACCCCCUGGACUCCUAUAGAUGUUCCUGUCCCAGUGGCUACAAGGGCAGAGACUGUGAAAUGUCACUCAACAGUUGCUCCAGUGGCCCCUGUGAAAAUGGCGGGACCUGCCACUCCCAAGCAGGAGAGGGAGCCGGGUUCACGUGUUCCUGCCCAGUGGGGUUUGAGGGGCCAACCUGUGGGGUGAACACAGACAACUGCAGAGAUCACGCCUGUGAGAAUGGGGGCAUCUGUGUGGAUGGCGUCAACAACUACACAUGCUUAUGCCCCUUUCAAUACACAGGAAGGGCCUGUGAGCAGCUGGUGGACUUCUGUUCUCUGGACUUAAACCCAUGUCAACAUGGUGCCAAGUGUGUUGGUACCCCUGAGGGGCCCAAAUGUGAAUGCACUCCAGGCUACGUGGGUGACAACUGCAGCAUAAACUACAAUGAGUGCACAGACCAUCAGUGCCAGAAUGGCGCCCGAUGUGUAGAUGAAGUGAAUGGUUACUCUUGCCUUUGUGAAGAAGGAUUCAGUGGGCAACUAUGUGAGAUGGCCUCCCAGCCCCUAAUACCACUGAGCUCCUGUGAGGGAGCCGAAUGCCAGAAUGGUGCCAACUGUGUGGAUCUGGUGUGA